UCCACAGAGAUUACGAUGUAUUAGAAGAUGUUUAUUAAAGGAUACUUGAAUUGAAUAUUGAAGAUGGAAUAUUGAUAUCAAUAAUAUAGAUUGGUGUAGGGGUAGGUGCAUGUAUUAAAUACCUCAAAUUGCAAUCUGCCGUAACAAAAAUGAGGAUCGCUGGUCACAAAAAAACCUUCUGUCGGCAAACUUUCGUCCCACCAACUCUUUCGCCCCUCAUCGUUUCUCUUGUUCUUCUCUUUCGCUCUCCAAAAGACGCUCGCUGUGUAUUUCGUUUGUUCGUUCGUCUAUUCUUCCGCUGCCCUAUUUUUCUCUUUUUUUCCCUUUUUCUUCCUCCCCUCCUCCAUCGCCAAAAGCCUAUCUUCCUCCUUCUUACCCCUCUUCUUUUUCCUUCGUCUCUUUUGUCUUGUUCUCAUCCCCUCUCCUUCUUCAACGGAAAAGACGGUGUCGGUUUGCGGAUCUUGUGCCUUUUUUUCCUUCCAUCCUUUUUUUUUCCUAUUUUCCUACCUUUUGCGGGAGUUCUCUUGCUUCUCCAGUUCUUGGUGUCUCGUCUCACGUCCUUGUUUUACGGGUACUUUCUGCGCCACGGCUAUUCAACGCAUAUCCUUUUUAUUUCUUUUUCCUUUGCGAAAAGUAAUUAACAAGGUCGCCUUGAUUUGAUAUUCUUCCUGGUAUGUUCUUUUCUUCUCUUUUCUAUUCUGUUUUUGUUUUUUCUUUUCCAAUCUGGCGCGGGGAGAGUUUCAUAUCGAGAGCCUCAUCCAUCCCUUCAUCGCAUACGGUCACCCCCACGGGUGGCCUCAAAUAUACUCUGCCAAUUCCUCCUCAUGCGCAUCUCUGCUGCUCUCACUUCCCUCUCAUCUUCACGUGGAUACGCAUUCUCUGGGACAAUUGCUUUCGCUACGGUGAUGGACUUUGCCUGU